AUGAACGACGAUCCAUUGAUGCUGACAAUCUGGCAGCGACUGAAUGAACCUAUUGAGCAACUGAAAAUCACCAAGAUUCAGCUUCAGGCGGCCGAGGAACAAGUCAAGGUCUGGAAAGCGAAGACAUGGGAAAAGCACAAGGAAAUGGGAGGCUUCAAGAAGCAAGCAGAUGUCGCAGAUCAAGCGGUGACGGCAUUGACAUCGGAGCUUGAAGACGCGGAGGAUGGAAAGAGAUCACUCGCCGUCCAAGUUGAAGAUCUAAAGAAGAGGAUCGACGAUGUGAUGGAGGUAGCAAGGAUGAAAAUUGAAGAUGCGAAGGAGGACAUUCACACCUUGAAGACUCAGAACGAGGCUCUGGUAGCGAAAGCGGCGGAUGUGGAGACUCAAACAAAUGAGACGAAGAACGAACUACAGACUGCCAAGUUCGAACUGGGUAUCGCGAGAUUGCGAGCUCAGACAUCCGACGCGGACUUGCUCGCAGCCAAGAAGGAAAUCGAUUCUCUGAAAUCACAUGCAGCAGAGCCCAGCUCCGAUGAUGGAACGAAUAUCGCUCAUUACGAAUCCCGAAUCGAGCUCCUGAACACCCAGCUACAAGCCAGCAAAGUCGCGGUAGAAGCUUUACAAGGAAAACUGCAAGCGGAACAGCGGUCGUACGAACGUCUGCUCAGGACUAGCGAGAAACGCCUGCUAGACUCCCGGAGCGUGAGCUCUGAUUUGCUGCAUUCAUAUCUCACAACGGAUCGGACGAAAGCCCCUGAGGCAAAACAGCCUGUGAUCAUGACGGAGAAGCUGCGGAACCACGAGUGGAGUCUGAGCCAGGUGGAGAAAUCAUCUGCGUCUACUACAGCUCAGUUAAGUGAUGCUGCGGAUUGCAGCGCGCGGAAGCGGAGACGUCAGGAAUGA